ACGAGUCCACUUUUUGAGAUCCAUCCGAUGAUGAUGGUAAAUAAAAGUCUAAUUGUAAACAUACUGCUGCACUACUGCUACUUCAGAAAUAAUACAUCCAUCCACUCAUAAAUAAUAAUCACUGUAAACAAGAACUGCUUUAAAACAUCCCGUACAAUUAGGUAGCUAAUGAUGGUCCAGACAGAUUAUUAUUCGUAUUUAGAAUAACGACCACCCUCCUCAAGGACCACUACAUUUGGUUGGCGUACUUCAUAUAAACAAGUGACGUCCCAAGAAAAUUUGUCGCGUUACAUGCAAAGCAGAUCAUGGAUUGGUCGUAGCAGGGACAAAAGGAUAAACCAAAGACAGCGAAGACAUUCAAAAUUAGUUUAAAAUUAGGAAUCAAUAAUGGAAUAGUUUUCGUAUAAAAAGAAAGAUUCUUCGUCGUAGUCUAGGAUAAGUACAUACAACAAAUAGCAGUCAAUAACGCUGGCCUGGACGUGUAAUUAUUAUCGUAUCUUUGCAAAAAAAUAUUAUGGAACAAGUUAGUUUAGAAGAUGAUGGUCUCGAGUCUUUAGACGGCAUGCUCAAUAAUUCGGACUUGAACGCGAGGAACCAGUACUCCUCACCGGAUAUGAGGUUACGAGGGGCUAGGUCAGUCAGUUGUGGAGCAAGUUCGCGAAGAUGUGAUUAUCCGUCGACAUGUUUCAUACCCACAAAGGAGAAUACCUUGAAUCAGCAUGGUGUUGGAAAAGCAAUGUUAUACUGCGCUGCCGGGUCAAAUAAGAUGCAUUUCCGGAGGCAAAAACACCGUCCAUCGCCCUAUGAUAUCAACAAGAGGAAACCACUCAAUAGUCUUUUAAAUCCCAUGGGAAGGUUAGGGUUGGCACAUGGAGGAACUGCGGCAAGGGUCAGGAGUUCUGAUUCGUACUCGGAGAGUAGUAGUGGAAGGGAUCCAACGAUGCCUCUUUUGUUUGUCGACGAGUAUCACGAUCUUCCCUUUCGUGAUGGACUUAUGUACAACAGCAAGACUGACAAGUUUCCUGUUCCAAUUUUAAUGUCUCGUUCAAAAUCCCUGGAAGAUCUCAGACAGUCUCCAAACAAGUCGGGGAGCAAGCAAGUUCGAUUUAAGCUGGUCUGUUAUGAUGACAACAGCAAUGGGACAGCGUCCAGUAAUGGCAGCAACAGUUUGGAGUCUCCCUUGUCUGUAUCUCCGAGAACUAGCUUUUUUAAUGUCUUGAAGGGAGAGGCUAGCAUCAAGCAUGAAAUUGAUUCUAUGUCAAUGCUCAUUGAGAAACUAGAUGUUGCCUGAUAGUAGGUGUUUAAUUAGAAAUUAUUUAUAUAUGUAAUGAUCAUUCGACUUGUACUUUUAGUAGUCUAUGCCUACAUGUAUAGAAUCGAUACCCCGCUCCGCUGCUGCGUCCCAUUUCAAAUUUAGGUAAUCGCACUGCAAAUUUGACAAAAGAAACAUGCGUAUAGUACACUGAAGUGACUUGAGUAUUAUUUAUACAUACACACAAACAUGUCGAAUGAAUGAUAACUUUUUCAUAAUACUACAAUUAGUGUUUUUUAUUACUUGAUAAUAAUAUUUUGGAGGAGACUUGUACUCUCUCUGUGUACAUGUGUGGUUGUUGGCUUUAAUUUUAAUCGAAACUUUAAGUUCAAGAUAAUCAUUCACUUAUUGUAUUCUUUGUAUUAAUGAGACAGACGAGACUUUUACGAGUUCUUUGGUUAUUCGUAUUUUAAAAUUUGACAUUCUUUACACAUAAAUUUGCAUGUGUACAUAAGCUGCAUUAAGAAGUCACGAUUUUGUUGGGAUAUUAUCCAGUUAUUACGGGGAUUAAAGGAAAACAUAGAAGGUUAAGGAAUUGGGUUUUCUUAUGACUUGUGAUUUUGUGAUAUUUUUGCUCGUAUAGUUUUUUAGCUGGUAUGUUGAGAUGUGUUAUUAUUAUUUAUCAUUAUUAUUAUUAUUAUAUUGUCUCUGUCGUGUCAUGUUAUUAUUAUCUCAUCUCCCAGGUCUCUCAUUUUAUCGUGCACAUUUUGUCCAUAGUCAAUACCUCAAACAUACGCAAAUACGCGACUAACUGUAAUUUCCCUUUUUCUUAAUUUGUUAACUACACCAAGUUCAGAGGUAUGCACACGCCUCAAAGCUUUGCUCCACAAAAUAUUGUAACCACUCAUCGCUAAUGAUCAUUCGACAAGAUUGGUUUCUCAGAAUUAUUUUUAAAUUGAUAAGCAAAAGAAAUCAUAAUAUGAUAUGAUAAGUACUAAUGACUGAAUCAAAACCUCUGCGAAUUUCAAUUUUCAGGUUCUUAUCACCACAAAUUGUGUAAUCCACAGUGCCAGUCAUUAGUGACAGUCGUUCGACAGUAAUAACAUAAUUCAUACAAAUGUUCAUGUCAAUAAUGUCAAUGUUGUUUGUCAAGUAAUAAUCCUGUAUACAUAUUUAGUACGACUCGGACGACUGAAAAUUUAUCUCCAUGCUCCACUACUAAAUUGUAACUAGAUAUAUUUACUCGUCAAAAAAGAACUGGAUCACUAACAAAUUAUUGCAAAAUAGAAUAUUCAUAUUUCUAUUUGCAAUCAGAGUCAGUACAAUAGAAUAAUAAUCGUAAUAUAACCUCCAAUCUGGUAAUUUAAUAAUGUUCACCAAUAAUAUACCAACUUAUCUUGUUCUAUGCAACCAUAAUUCGUUUAGAAAUAUUGGACAUUCUGCGGAUAAACUGGGCAAUUGAACCUGCUGAAAUGUCACAAUAUCAUAUAUUAUGCAUACGUCAAUAAAUAAUUGUCAUGAAGUUGAUGUCGUUAGUACAAAUCUACUAUGAUUUUUUUGCGUUUAGCAUAUGUUGAGCAGUAAUAUUUUUGCUGUCACCAAGACCAAACCAAACAUCAAAUGAGACCUUUGAAGGGAUGUUCGCUAUUGUUUUAAUAUUACUGAACUUGGUUCUUCUUCGAGUCUUGCGAUUGCCACGAUUAUAAGUAUCACGUCCUCAAUAAUACCCGUUUGUGAGACAAUCUAUGUAAGUCAAAGCAAAAGGGACGUAGGUUUUUAAAGAUGCAAUAAAUCGCGAUGCAAAGCUGUGCAACUUCUUCCUCAGA